AUGAAAUUUAAGUUACUGUUGAGAAGAGGCCUGUAUUGCAAGCCGAAGAAUAUUAAGAAUCCGUGGACUCAACAAAACCAUCACAACUCGGAUGACACUGAACUCAACACAAAUGAACACUUGUCUAACAAUUCCGACAUUAUAUCCAUCGAGAUCUGGUCCAAGGCUUCCAUUGGCUUCUAUUUAUGGCAACACAUUCUUAAGGGAAGUCUUGAAACCAGAGCUGAGGGUAACGGCUAUGUCUCGGGUGCCCUCAAAACGAGUAGAUUUCGGUUUAAGUUCAGAAGCGGACCCCUCCUCACCACCGAUUCAUUGCAACACAUGAGUGGCCGCCAUCUCAUACUUGUUCUCAACGGACGCGACAAACACAAGAUUCAGUUGGCAUCCGAUUGGUUGUCAUCAGUGGACAGACUGAAGGAGAAGAUUGUCAACAUAGGAGUGGUUGUGUUGGGCGACGAACACUGCCAUAACUCUUGGCUCCGGCCUUACCUCCAGUCUAACGGAGGAUUUGUUAAGUUUGUAUUCAUUGUGUACGACUGGAAACAAGUAGACAAUCGUGUGAUAUAUCAGUGGCCAUUAGGAGUGGCCACUUAUCGACAGUUCCCGACCCCAGACUCGGCUCACAUGAGUGUUGAGGCGAGUCGGCCCUAUGCGUGCAAUUUGGUGGCCACGAUAUACCCGGACUCGUCUCGACUAGAAGUACUCAAUCUUUUGAAAGAAAAGUAUCGAAACAUUUGUAUAAUCAAAGAGCGCUUCGAAUGGCAGCCGAAGGAGACACCGGAUUCACUCAACUAUUAUGUGGAAGCGUUGCGCUUAAGUGACUUAACAUUGAGUCCAAUGGGAAUGAAUCACGAAUGCUAUCGAAUAUUCGAAGCCAUGGCCUACGGAUCGGUUCCCGUCAUCGAAGAGAAUGUCAAUCAUCUGAAGAAAACUAAUUGUGACUCAAAGACUGCAUUUAGACUUCUGAAGGAACAGAAGGCGCCCUUCAUUUAUGUGUCUAAUUGGACACAAGAUUUACCAAAUAUUCUCAACAAUGAACAGACACUGAGUUUAGAUAGUUAA